AUGUACUCUACCAUUUCUCUCGCCGCCCUCGUGGGCUACGCUGCUGCCCAGCAAGGCUACGGUGCUCCUGCCUACGGUGCUCCAUCCUACGGCGAGUCUUCGUCUUCGUCCUGGUCGGCUCCAUCUUACUCCAACGCCACCACCUCCGCUUCCUCGUCGUGGACCACUUCGGCCUCUGCCUCCACCACCAGCUCGGUCGUCAACAACGGCACCACCACCGUCACUGACGUCGUCAGCUCGUUCACCACCUACUGCCCAGAGGCGACCACCCUGACCUACGGCUCCAAGACCUACACCGUCAGCUCCGCGACGACUUUGACCAUCACCGACUGCCCAUGCACUCUCACCAGCACCAAGCCAGUCGCUCCAACCCCAACCGGCAACGGCACUGCCACUGAUGUCUGGGUCACUGCUGUCGUCACCUCGUUCACCACCGUCUGCCCAUCUGCCACCACUCUGACCGUGCCAUGCGGCUCUGGCCCAGCCCAGACAUACACCGUCACGCAGCCAACCACUUUGACCGUGACCAAGUGCCCAGGUGGCUGCCACGUCCCAACCCCAGCCAAGAGCCUUCCCCCGGCCUCGACCAUCACUGCGGUCGUCUCGAGCUACACCACCUACUGCCCGGCCCCAACCACCAUCACCUACGGCCCAAGCAGCAGCCCAAUCACCACCACCGUUUCGCAGCCAUCGACCAUCACCAUCGAGAAGUGCCCAGGUGGCUGCACCAUCACCGCCCCAGUCUCGGCCGUGACUCCUCCAGCUGCCCAGCCAACCCCGUACAGCCCAGCUGCUCCCAGCAACGGCACCACCCCAGCCAGCCCCACUGGCGUCACCCCAUACACUGGUGCCGCCGAGAAGGUCAUGGCUGGUGGCAGCCUCGUGGCCGCCGCUGUCGCCGCUGUCCUCUUCUUGUAA